CAACGACAUGUACGGAAGAUUACGGAAUUUCCUUGGAAACAGUUUAGAGGUGUGGCUGGUUACCUGCAGGAGCAAGAAUGGCUAGGCGAUCUCACGGCCCCGCUGCGCACGCCGUGAAGAUCAGUCGCGGCCCAGACCCCUCUCCACUCCAUUUCUACUCCACCAAUUACUCCACUCACUAUUGUAACCGCCCGGCUACGGCAGAGAGACGCGAAGAUGUGGCAAGGACGAUGGGCACAGGGUACAGUGCCAACUUCAGACCAGCCAUUUACUAUUCCUCUAAUGUGGAUCUAAAGGACAACCCUCAUAUGAUCAAGGUGCUGGCUGAUAAUUACACCAGUUUAACAGCCCAGCAUUUCAAAGGCUUUCCCAGAGAGACAAUAGGUCAAUUGCCUGUUCGCACCUCUGCCAACGCUGAGGAGACCUCCCCAGGCCUUCUCCAACCUCCUACCCCUGAUGUCCUGGAGGCCCACGGUUGCAGCGUUAUGAAGAGAGACUUCACUAAACAUUCACAGACAACGGGAAGAGAGGGAAUUCCUGUGCUUGCUGGCAGAGUUGACCAAACUAAUGGGUACGUGAAGGGCUCAAAACACAACUCCUCAGUCCAGCCACAGGCUAAGGAAAUGAUACUGGAGGAAGGUAGGAGAGAGAGGAGAGAGAGACGAGGGAGGGAGGAAACAGGGAGGAAAGAGCUGACUGGUUACUCUGAGAACAACCAUCCUGUCCCACAAGCUCCAGACAGAGACAGCAGACGUUUCUCCAGCCACUACACCUCCCACUUCCCAGGCCCUCCCCUGCACCUCACUGCCGGGGGUGUGCUCAGCACAGACCCCUACCUCAAUGGUUUCAGUAAAGGUACACAGGUUCAUGGGUUCACAGAGAGCCGAGUAGCAACAGCUCUCCACUCCAUGCACCCCUCCCAGGCCAGACUGGUGAUGGAGAGAGACCCGUGCUACGAAGACCACACCCACUACAACAAACAAAGGACCACCAAAAAGACCUUAGUUGAGUAACCAUAGCAACUACAACUGACCACCGACUGCCAAAGAAAAACAAUACACUAUGAAGUAAUACAAUCGGCAAAUGACCUCAUUAACUAUUCAAGUUUGCAAGCCAUUCUGGUCUGAUCCCCAGACCAAUCUACCUCCUGUGUAGCAAGCGACUAAACCAUGAGGAAGGAGAUGAAGAGGGGAGGGGUGGAGCCUGUUGCCUAGCAACCAUGUCUCUGUCUCUGGCACUGCAGAGACAGUGGUGACUGGUGGUAAGAGGAGUAGUUGUCACGGGGGAGGGAGGACGAGGCAAGGUGGGAGUAUGAAGAGGAGGGAAGAUGUGAAUAGGAAUUGGAGGGAAGAUGUGAGUAUGAGGAAGGGGGGUGUGGAUGGGAAGGUGUGUGUUGAGGGGUGGAGAACUGGUCCGGCCCCAGUCUGGAGAAGGGACUCGGCCUGUCAUAAACAGUCAUCAGAUUGGAUGGGGUCUGAAGCAGACUGCUCAGAGACUGUGGGUGUGGCCUCUCCCACUGCCUCCCAUCGUGACCCCCUCUGGGGGUCCAGGAAUUUCUCCUGUUGCCAGACCCCCUCCAGCCCCCUCUCGUCCCCAUUGGAUGAGGUGUUCCUUUUGGCUGCUGUCUUUGACCAGUGUUCAGUCGUUUCUUUCCUUUUCCUUUACCUCCUCCUCUCCCCCAAACCCCUCCCUUCCCUCCCCUCCCUCCAUUAUUUCCUCCUUCACCACCUCCACUUCCACUGUUGCCAGCAGCGUUUGUUUCUUUCUGCUGUUGUUUAUUCUUCCCUUUCUUCCACGUCCUCUUCCUCCUCUUCCCUCUCCCCCUCCCUCUGCCAUUCUCCACUGUCUCGUCUAUGACAACAAGAUCGUCACCUUCCUCUUCAUCUCCUUCCUUUCCUUCAAUCCCUUCAUUGUGAUCUUCAAACGGCAGUUUCGGGUACAGACGCUGGUUCUGAGUAGCCGUCACAAACUGAUCUGAUUCGCCGCUUCCGCCAGUUGUCCUUUUCCACCCUUUGUACCCCUCUUCCUCCUCUUCCUCUCCCACCUCUCCCUCUUUCGCAUCCUCUUCCCUAAACCCAG